UUAGUAGUAGCGCAAAUCUUGACAGUAUCACGCACUUGUAUGGGCUACUUUUAUUAUAUUUAAUAUUACAAUUUAUCGACGCGUUACAUUUUCUAAACAGAUGGUGUUUUACUAACUGCAAAGGAUAAAUAUCUAAGAGAUAUAUUUAAAAAUGAAUAAAAUAAUAAUCUUGUUAGCUGGUAUUUGUGUAACGACGGCUUCAAUAAAUGGAUAUGGUGAUGAUAAUGAUCUGAUAACUAUUGAAGCUGCAUUUGAUCGCUAUUCACCUUCAUGGAAGGAUUUGGAUAGACGACCUUUGCCUGAAUGGUAUGAUAAGGCGAAGAUUGGGAUAUUUCUUCAUUGGGGUGUUUACUCCGUACCGAGUUUUGGAUCAGAAUGGUUUUGGUCCAAUUGGGUUGGAGGAAAUAAGAAAUAUAUAAACUUUAUGAACAAGAACUAUCCACCUGGAUUUACCUAUCAAGAGUUUGCUCCUAUGUUCAAAGCUGAAUUUUUUGAACCAAAUGACUGGGCAGCCCUUUUUAAAAAAGCAGGCGCAAAAUAUAUUGUUCUCACAAGUAAGCAUCAUGAAGGAUUCACUCUGUUCCCCUCUAAAAGAUCAUUCAGUUGGAAUGCAUUAGAUGUUGGGCCUAAAAGGGAUCUCGUAGGAGAUUUAGCACAAGCUGUUAGACAACAAGGAAUGAAGUUUGGAGUUUAUCAUUCCUUGUAUGAAUGGUACAACCCUAUCUAUUUAGAAGACAAGCGAUCUCUUUUCCUGAAGAAGAACUAUCCAGCAACUAAACUUUGGCCCGAUAUUAAGCAGUUGAUUAAUGAUUAUCAGCCCUCAGUUUUAUGGUCAGAUGGCGAUUGGGAAGCUUUAGAUGCUUACUGGAACUCAACAGACUUAAUUGCCUGGUUGUAUAAUGAUAGUCCAGUGAAAGAUGAAAUAGUUGUGAAUGAUAGAUGGGGUAUUGGUAUACCAUGUCAUCAUGGUGACUUUUAUAACUGUGCUGAUAGAUAUAACCCAGGAAAACUGCAGUCACACAAAUGGGAAAAUGCUUUCACAGUGGACUCAAAGUCGUGGGGCUACAGACGUGAUAUGAAACUGUCUGAAAUACUCACUUUUAAAGAAUUACUUAAAGAAGUAGUUUCAACAGUAAGUUGUGGAGGAAAUGUGUUAAUCAAUGUAGGUCCAACGAAAGAAGGGACAAUCGUGCCCAUAUUCCAAGAACGACUCUUAGCACUUGGAGAUUGGCUUCAAAUAAAUGGUGAAGCAAUAUAUGAAACAUCACCAUGGGCACAUCAGAAUGAUAGCUUGAACAGUGAUGUUUGGUACACUUGCACUAAAGCCGAAUAUAAUGGAGCUAAUCCCACAGCUGUUCCGAGCAAAUCUGAUACAAUAAUAUCUAUAUAUGCAACCUUCUUUACUUGGCCAAAGGAUAAUGUCCUUAAAGUCAAGGAUGUAGCAACUUAUCUUCGUAGGGGCACUUAUACAGUCACUCUGUUGGGCAACAAUGAAGUAUUGAAUUGGAAACUGUCAUCCGGUGUUGGGCUUAUACAGUUACCUGACAAAGCCACAGUGAAGUCGAAUGACGCCUGGUCGCUCAAGUUGUCUUCUAAAUAGAUUGAUAUAAGAAAGUUUUAACUCAUGGUGUAGAAAUGUAAUUGUUAUAAAUAAAGUAUGAAUAAA